AUGGAACAAUACUUAAAAUAUGUUGGACUCGAGUCCUAUGCCAACCUGUUGUCAGAUAAUGGUUACGAUGAUCCUGACCUUCUGUCUGAGCUUACAGAGGAGGAGUUGAUUGCCAUUGGUGUAAAGAGGGGACAUGCCAAGAGAGCAUUUAUUAAGGCAAGAGAGAUAACUGCAAAUGCAGCAUCAUCUUCCAACUCUUCACCUGCUCCAAUGUCACCUGUUAUUGUAUCCUCCCCAUCUUCCACACCACCUUCAAAGUCAAAGGUGACUAUUGGUCGCAAGGGCGCCGAGGAGUCUGAUGAUGAGGAUGACGAUACCUCUGGAAGCGUCGGAUCAUACGAUGGCCCACGUCUCCAGAGCAAGGUGCUCUACGAGGGCUUCCUCCAGAAGAAGGGUAAUGAGGGAUUCUUUGGCUCAAAGGUCUGGGCCAAGCGUUACUUCAAGAUCUUUGAGGAGGGCCGCAUGGCAUACUACAAGCAGCAGAAUGAUGUCUCACCAAUCAAUGUGAUUGAGUUGCGUGGCGCACUCGCCUGCGAGGACUUUGAUGGCAAGCAGUUGGCCUUCAAGAUAUCGAUGAAGACAAGUGCUCGUGUCUACUACUUGCUCGCACCAUCCAGUGAUGCCAAGGCCAAGUGGAUUAGCACCACCCGCCAGCUCAUCACACCACCAGUCACACCAAAGAAGUUGGACCCACUUGCCCCACGUCCAUACAUCCAGCAUCAGCAGGAGGCUCCACAGUGUGCCAGCACUCGCUUUGACACUGCCGCUUCAUGGGAGGUUGCUGAGCGCGCUGCCAAGGAGGACAGCACCCGCAUCUACAUCCACACCAACGGUGCCACCUACGUCGAGGAGACACGCAAGCUCACCAUCACAGAGUCUGGCGGACGCACCUGGGUGCGCCAGCUUCCACGCGACCUCGAUGACAAGUCGGUCCACUUCUUCUCUUACACCGACUCCAACGCCUUCGUCAGCGAGCAGACCUACCAUCACGACGAGAUCACCCAGCAGAAGUUGUUGGAGAAGUUGAUUGGCAAGACCAUCGAGGUGUCAGUGCCCCGUGAUCGUCAAUUUGGCGAGCCACACACAUUCAAGGGUGAGGUCCAGUACAUCCCCAAGCAAGGCAGAUAUGCCCUGGUCAAUGCCGAGACCAACAAUGUUCACUUCUUGGAUGCCGACGAGGGUAUCUCAUUCAACCUUUUGGACAAUGUAUUGGAGGAUGGUGCAUUCCGCCCAUCAUCGCUCGAGUGGCGCGUGGUCUCAGACAAGUUGGAGCAUCUCUACAAGUUGUCUUACUCAUCCACCAAGCAGUUGUUGGACUGGUAUGCUAGCUAUGUGCUGAUUGUCAACCCUCGCGAGAGUGAAGUUGAGUUCAGAGGAUGGUACAACGUGAAGAAUGACUCUGGCAAGUCCUUCAAGGACUGCAACCUCGUCUUGGUCCAGGAGCCAGUCGACCCAGUCAAGGUGGUCGAGGAGAAGUCAGACUCUGGUUUGGACAUCGCCCUCCCCAUCCCCAAGGUAGGAGGUUUGUUCAAGUUGGGCAAGCUCCCAAUCCCAGGUUUUGGCAGCUCAGCUCCCGCACCAGAGGUUCCAGAGAAGCGUGUCUACAGGUACACUUAUGAUCAUAAGACUGAUCUGGUCGAUCAGGAGACCAAGCAGUUGUGCUUCGUGUCCACCAAGUUGCCAGUCAAGUCCGUGGACUACAUCACAUUCGACACUCCCAAGUACACCAAGUACACCAACACAUCCAAGGAGCACGGCACCGCCGCAUCCAACGGUCGCGUCGACUCAUCGCUCAUCAUCAACUGGCAGAAGCCAUUCGCUUUGCCCGCUGGUUCUGUCACCCUUCGUCGCCAGUCCAAGGAUGCCUUUGGCGCCGACAUUGUCAACACCUUCUCUCUUGCACACUACAACCCCACCGACGUUAUCAUCGUGCCCUUGCAGCCACUGGGCAAGGUCAGCGCCGCCAGGAAGCAAACAGGAUUCAACUUUGACAUUGACAAUAUGUUCAUCGUAGAGACGUUCGAGAUCCGCGUUGUCAAUGGCCGCGAGGAGCCAAUCAAGGUGAUUGUCGAGGAGUCAUUCUAUCGUUGCGAGCACUUUGAGAUCUCGUACGAGUCCGAGAGACACACAGCACAUCCAUCACAUCCACGCAAGGUACAAUGGACACUGUCCAUCCCACCACUCGACUCGACCACCAUCAACUACUCCGUCUUCUACUCAGGACUCAACCUGCCAGACUCUGCACUUCCCAAGAAGGAUGCUGCAACUCCAAGCACAACCACCCAGAAGAAAUAA